GCGCGACGCGCGUUCAUGUGGCUCACGCCUGCGCACUCUGUCAAAAACUACAGGACGGAAGAAAAGCCGCGUUGUAAAAGUGAGACCUCCAGUGUCCUGUACGAGAACACUUCAAGUUCUCUCUCCGGCACGCUCUCUUCUCACUCCAUUCACACGUUUGAGAAGAACACCAUGUUUGCUGUCAGAAGCUCUCUGCGCCUCGGUUCCAAGCUGUUCGUGGCCGCCUUGGCGAGGCGAGGUUGCGCUGGGGCUGCCAUCCCGGUGGACGAUGUGGUGAACGGGCUGACAGACGAGCAGAUCCAGCUCAGGCAAAGUGUUCGUAAAUUCUGUGCCGAAAAACUUGCGCCCCAUGCUGACGAGAUCGACAAGAAGAAUGAAUUUGCAGGGAUGCGGGAAUUCUGGAAAGACAUGGGAGAGAUGGGGCUGCUAGGCGUAACUGCACCAGUGGAAUACGGAGGCACUGGACUGGGCUACCUCGAUCACGUCAUCGUAAUGGAGGAACUCUCUCGCGUGUCAGCGGCCAUCGCUCUAAGCUACGGCGCUCAUUCCAACCUGUGCGUCAACCAGAUGGUGCGCCACGCCACCGAGAAGCAGAAAGAAAAGUACAUGCCAAAGUUACUGACAGGAGAGCAUGUGGGAGCCUUAGCCAUGAGUGAGCCCAACGCUGGUUCUGAUGUCGUGUCCAUGAAACUCAAGGCGAAGAAGCAAGGUGACUACUAUGUUCUGAAUGGGAACAAGUUCUGGAUUACAAACGGACCAGAUGCCGACGUCCUCAUUGUGUACGCCAAGACGGACCCAGAGGCCUACCAGAAAGGCAUCACUGCUUUCAUCGUUGAGAAGGGGAUGUCGGGUUUCUCCACAGCACAAAAGCUGGACAAAUUGGGCAUGAGGGGGUCCAACACAUGUGAGCUGAUCUUUGAGGACUGCAAAGUUCCAGAGAAGAACAUCCUGGGUCCACUAAACAAAGGAGUUUACGUGAUGAUGAGCGGUCUGGAUUUGGAAAGGCUGGUACUUGCAGCUGGACCUGUCGGAAUCAUGCAAUCGGUUUUGGAUUCUGCGGUUCCCUACCUGCAUGUCAGAGAAGCUUUUGGCGAGAAGAUUGGACACUUCCAGCUGAUGCAAGGCAAGAUGGCUGACAUGUACACCAGGUUGAGCUCCUCCCGGCAAUAUUUGUACAACGUGGCCCGGGCCUGUGACAAAGGACACUUCAGCGCCAUGGAUUGUGCCGGAGUCAUUCUGUACUGUGCCGAGAACGCCACCCAGGUCGCGCUGGACGGCAUUCAGUGUUUGGGCGGGAACGGGUACAUCAACGAUUACCCCAUGGGACGCUACCUGCGGGACGCAAAGCUGUAUGAAAUCGGAGCGGGCACGAGUGAAAUCCGCCGCCUUAUUAUCGGACGAUCUUUCAACGCUAUGUUCAAGUGAGGGAGAGAGAGAAGUGCUCAUCUCAGCGAGCAAAAGUGCAAUUUUGUCCUCAAGAAAAACAUCUUCACUCAAACCCAAGGCCUUAACUUUUAUGACUCGUCAGCGCUGCUGACCUACAUCAUGUUUUAAAAGCUCUCGUCUCCUUUUUCACAGCAAGCAAUUACUUUGAGUACUCAAAUGCCAGUUACACAGAGUCAUUCGUGGCGUUAAAUCUAAUAACAUUUGAAUUUUUUUUUUCACUUUGGCUUCAUAUCAGUUACCAGAACCUUCCAGCUAAACCAAACAAAUAUUCUCCAUUAUGUUGGGUACCAUUGGUGGAUGUCCUUUUAACCUUUUAUAAAAAAAAAUCCUGUUACGGUACUGUGAGAGUAAAAUAUGCUAUUUUACUUGGGAGAUAAAAUCAUUCUAGUUUUGUAUAGUCUGUCAUUUGCUUGUCUUCACUCCACUUCUCUUGGAUUUGAGACUAUGUAGGUGUACAUUAUGUAUGAAUAGUGUUUGUGUGCAGUAAAGAGAACACUUUUUCACAUGUGAGUUAGUUAUUAUAUGCUGUUGUAUGAUGUGAAUUAUAAAUGCAACAGGAAAUAUACAGUGGUGUAGAAAAAUAACAAUGCAUGAGUGUAAUUAUAGUAAAAUAAAAGCACCCAAAAAAAAAAUCCC